UGACUUUAAGAGUGUCGAUUGGCUUCCUUCUUAUUGGAUGGCAGAGAUGGCUGAUGGGCACCAAUAGGAUUCAGAACUGUACAAAGCAAUCUGGUCCCUGCCCCCAUUCAUUCUCGGUACUCCAACACUUACAAUGAAGAGAGGCAGAGGACCGAAGGAGCAAUUCGCUCAUAUUUUAUAAUGUUACGGUUUUAUAUGUGUCCUCAAUAAUAUGUGGGAAUGGUUCUAUGGGAAUCAUGCCUGCGAUGAUGGAUUUCAGAAUUUUUCAGUGCAUUAUGUCAAUUGGAAUUAAUGUUUUAUAACGGAACAAGGAUGACAAAGAGAAUAGGAUACCGAGACUGGAGAUGGCUGGCUCUUUGGUGGCUUCAUUUCUUUCUCUUGUGGAGUACAAUAGACGGACAAACUCGUUACAGCAUUCCAGAGGAACUAAAACAGGGUUCACUGGUAGGAAAUCUUGCCAAAGAUCUGGGUUUGGGAUUAUCUGAAAUUUUUGACCGUAAGCUGCGUGUCGCCUCUGAGGCUGGUGAGCAGUAUUUCAGCGUGGAUGCGGGGAAGGGCGAGCUGGUGGUGAAUGACAGAAUAGACAGAGAGGCUUUGUGUGGACAAAGCACCAGCUGUGUGUUACCUCUGCAAGUAGUUGUUGAAAAUCCUUUACAGUCUCAUCGAAUUGAGGUGGAAAUAAGAGACAUAAAUGACAAUGCUCCUAGUUUUCUUACCCAAGAAAUUAAUCUUAAAAUACCAGAGUCAGUUGGUCCCGGCAGACGUUUUCCUUUAGAAAAUGCAGAGGACCCCGAUGUUGGGAGCAAUUCUUUGAAAACGUAUACUUUAAGCAAAAACGAUCAUUUUUCAUUGAAAUUCAAGGACACAAAGAGUGGUAAGGCUGUCCCAGAAUUAGUGUUAGAGAAACCCUUAGACCGCGAGACAAAUGCUUUCCAUCAGCUGCUGUUGACAGCAUUAGAUGGAGGAGCCCCAGUCACAUCGGGAACAUGUAAAAUCACGAUUACUGUACUUGAUAAUAAUGAUAACUUUCCAGUGUUUAGUGAAAACGAAUACAAGGUUGUUCUAAAGGAGAAUAUCACCACGGGGACGUUUCUAGUUAAACUUACAGCAACAGACGCCGACGAUGGGCUUAAUGGUGAAGUCAGAUAUUCUUUCGGGUCCCGCACUCCUGACUCAGUGUUAUCAACAUUUGCAAUCAAUGUGGAAACAGGAGAAAUUAUAUUAAAGGGCCCAUUAGAUUAUGAAAGUAAUAAAUAUUACCUUAUUGAUAUAACUGCUAAAGACAGAGGGGUUCCCGAAAUGGAGGGUCACAGUCGUGUACAGCUCGACAUAGAGGAUAUAAACGAUAACGCUCCGGAGAUUGUGCUAACUUCAGAUCCUAGUCCUGUACCCGAGGACGCACGGAGUGGCACAGUCGUGGCACUGAUCAGUGCAAGAGACCUGGACUCCGGUGAAAAUGGCAAAGUGACCUUACAUCUUUCCAAAAGUUCCCCAUUCACUCUGAAACCUUCAUAUUCUAAUAAUUAUGAAUUGAUUACCAGCGGUCCUUUAGACCGAGAGAGAUCCUCAGAGUAUAAUAUAGAAAUCAAAGCCACUGAUUCAGGCUCUCCCCCUCUGUCCAGUAAGAAAAUUAUACCUGUCACUAUCACUGAUGUUAAUGAUAACCAUCCUGUAUUCACUCAACGAAAUUAUAAUGUGUAUUUAAAAGAGAAUGGAAUACCAGGCUCUAUCCUGUACUCAGUAUCAGCGUCUGACCUGGAUUUUGGUGAAAACGCAAAGGUCUCUUACUCUAUACUGGACUCUAAAGUGCAGGACGUUUCUGUCUCAUCGUAUGUUUACAUUAACUCAGAUAACGGCAGCAUCUACAGCAUGCACUCGUUUGACUAUGAGAAACUGAAGGUGUUUCAGAUUCAGGUCCAGGCAAAGGAUCAGGGCUCCCCGUCUCUGAGCAGCAACGCCACUGUCCAUGUUUUUAUCCUGGACCAGAACGACAAUGCCCCCGCUGUUAUUUACCCCUCCUCCGCUGCAAUGGGCUCCCUCUCUCAUCAGAGGAUGCCUCGCUCCGCGAAAGCGGGUCACCUGGUUACCAAGGUGACAGCCGUGGACUCUGACUCGGGCCAUAACGCCUGGAUUUCCUACAGACUGGCGGAGGCCACAGACGCCUCUCUCUUUACUGUCAAUCUGUACACAGGGGAGGUGAGGACUAAACGCGCUGUGUCCGAGCAGGACGACUCCUCUCAGAGGCUCCUUAUAGAGAUCAAGGACGACGGGGAACCGAUCCAGUCCUCCACAGUCACGGUGUCCAUCAUUCUGGAGGACGGCCUCCAUGAGCCCAUCUCAGACCUCCGACAUAAAGCGGCCGAGCCCAGCAAGAAAACUGGGAGAAUCACCCUUUAUUUGAUUCUCUCUCUGGCCUCGGUGUCCGUGCUGUCUCUGGUCACUUUCCUCACCUUAACGGUUAAGUGCAUCAGGAACAGCAGGAGCAGCACCACUUGCUGCAUGAGACGGACCGACUCUGAUGAUUACAAGAACCCCAACAGAAACCUGCAGAUUCAGCUCAACACUGAUGGACCUAUAAAGUACGUGGAGGUCCUGGGAGGAGACAUGCUGUCUCAGAGUCAGUCCUUCAGGUCCUGUAUGUCUCCAAUGUCAGAGUACAGCGAUUUCACUCUGAUUAAACCCAGCAGUACCACAGACUUUAAGGAGGUGAUCAGUGUCCUGGAUGCUUCUUUACCCGACAGCACCUGGACCUUUGAGAGCCAGCAGGUGAGCAGAAAACAGCAGAUAUUCAGUGAAAUGUGUUAG